GGUGGUACCCGCACCAGCGCCACAGGCAGGCGAUGGGAAAGGCGGACACGAAGGUGGUGAAGGAAAUGAAGAAGCCUGUGGACGAGGACGACGACUCGUCGGACGAAGAGCCAGCGCCCAAGGCAAAGGCCAAGGCAAAGCCCGCAGCCGCCAAGAAGGCCGCAGCCGUAGACUCGGACGACGAAUCCACUGAGGACGAGCCUGCCCCAAAGGCCAAGGCGAAGGCCAAGGCUGCAGCGAAGGAUGAUUCCGAUGACGAUGACGACGAGGACGAAGCGCCUCCCAAGCCGAAGCCCAAGUUGGACGUCUCUGGCACCGGGAGCAAGGCGUCCGAGGACAAGACGGUGUUCAUCGGUGGUCUUCCGUUCAGCACCACAGAGGAGCAGCUGAAGAAGGACUUCACCGAAUGCGGCACCAUCGUCAAUCGGCGGAUAUGCCCCUGAACGACGAGGGUAAGCCAAAGGGUAUCGCCUUCAUCACGUUCGAGACCGAGGACGCCGUCAAGGAGGCGUUGAAGUACGACGGGGACGAGUACGGUGGGCGAACGUUGAAGGUCAACAAGGCUGGCGAGGGGGGUAAGGGUAAGGGCAAGGACGACAAAGGCAAAGGUAAGGACAAGGGCAAGGGAAAGGACGGCAAAGGCAAGCGCGACGACUCCCUCACCGUGUUCGUGGGCGGCCUUCCCUUCUCGGCGGACGAGGAGACGCUCAAGAAGGACUUUGGAGAGUGUGGCGAGAUAGACAGGUUCAACAUGCCUUUGAACGACGAGGGCAAUCCCAGGGGGAUCGCUUUUAUCACCUACAAGUCCGAGGAGGCGGUCACGAAGGCGCUGGAGUUUAACGAUACCGACUACGGAGGUCGUACGCUAAAGGUGAACAAGGCUGGCGACAGGCCUGCCAAGGGCAAGGACAAGGACGGCAAGGGCAAGGGCAAGGACGGCAAGGGUAAGGGUAAAGACAAAGGCAAGGGAAAGAAGGGCAAGAAGGGCGGCCUCAGCGCCGAGAAAUUUGCAGCCAAGGACGGGACCAUGGUCGAGGGCACAGGCACGAAGCAGACGUUCGACGACUCUGACGAGGACGAGGCGCCUCCGGCGAAGAAGGCCAAGAAGGCCGCGGACGAGGAGGCCGCAGAGCCGCCGGCCAAGAAGGCCAAGAAGGCCAAGAAGGCCAAGCCGCCGACGGACAGCGACGACGAUGAGUAGCGCGCUGGCCUUAGCGUGCUUACGCUAGAGUCAUGCGGGAAGAGACGGGUCAGCUUCGGACCGCCUCGCCCGCGCCGCUGUCGAGUUGUCGCCGCAUUCCUUGCACUUCGGACCUUACCCACGCCGCUCGUUCUGACAAGCGCUUGUGCGUAAGGACCCUCAGCUGGCAUACACUGCCCUGUCAGCGGGCACGUAGGACUGGCGCUUGGGCAAUCUGGUAUCAGAGCGCCUUCGCCGCCUGCUUAUAGAGUAGUUUGUCUGGUGGCAGUGACGUGUGCGGUCGAUUGCACCUCGAUUGAUUCAAUAGGCUUAAGCCACACGCGCCGAUCCAUCCGUUCCGAUCGUUUGUGGACUGUCUUCCGGAAAG